GCCCGGCCCGAGAUGUCUCCAGGCCAGCCGUUGCUCGCAGUGCAGGAAGCCUUGAGGAAAUGCUUUCUCGCGCUGGAGGAGCAGGAGGGCCGGUGGCAGAGCGCCCUGCAGGAGUGCCCGGCCCUCCUGGCCUCCCUGGGCAAUCUGGCCGAGCAGCUGCAGGCCGCCGAGCAGCUGCGCUUCGAAGACGUGAGGGCCCUGCGGGCCUUCCCCGACCUAAAGGAGCGGCUGAGGCUCAAGCAGCUGACCGCUGGGGACGUGAUCCUGGACAAGCUCGGCGAGAGGCUAGCCACGCUCCUCUCCGUGUGCGAGGAAGUCAGCAACCAUGUGGACCGCGGACUCCGGGUGUAUGAGCAGCACGCAGACGCCAUUGGCAUUGAUGCUGCCCUGCAGGCAUCUGCGGUGAGCCCCUCCGUGGCCGACAUGCUGGAAUGGCUGCAGGAUGUCGAGAGAUACUACCGGAACGCGUACCUGAAGAGAAAGUGCCUCCUGUCCUCUGUCCGGUGGGAAGACUUGGCAAACAUCCAGGCUUUACCUAGAGCCUGGGACAGAAUCAUGGAAGAUGAACAGCAGGACCUCGUCCAAGACAUCCUGAUCAGCGUUUCCUUCUUUCUGGAAAAAUAAGAAAGCGGUGUGUUGAUCUGGAGACCAGAGGACACAAUUGAAGACUGACUACACUUGGACGUCUCGAAGGAAAUGUCAGUCACACAAGUGGACACAUUUGACAUUAAGGCCCACAGCCUCGAAGGUUCUGGGGAGAGCUGGUGGUGCCGGCUGCUUCUGAUUGGGUGUGUGGGGCAUUCCAUAC